AUGGCUGGCAUACCAUUCAACUCCUACCACGGUCCAGAUUCGGGUCCUCUUCCCCCAAGCGUCGGUAUGGCAUUCCCAAACUUCCCAUUUCCCAUGGGCUACGCGCCAUCGCCUUAUGGCUGCCCCGAUCAUUACUCUACGGGCUACGGCCCACCAGGUUUUGCAGCUCCUCCGUAUCCUUUUUCCAGCACUCACCCCGCGCCCCCUUCUGCCGAUAAAAGCGGUAUGCCCGGUAUCACGUCAAGAAUCAAUUCGACGGCAUCGGUCUUCCCCCAGGCUACAAUUACCUCUUUCCCCCCUCUCUACUGCCUGUGCAUGUCUUCAUAA